UGUUGUAGCAACGAGUCGCUUCCAGUAAUACCAGCAGUUUGUGACUUUUUGAAGUACAUAACCUCAAAUAACUUCUCAAUAGACAACGUGAAAAUUCUUUACGUGUAUACGUUGAGAAAGAAAUGAACUGCAACAGCGGCAUGAUCAAGGAAGUAGUGGUCAGUGAAAGCGAUUUAAUCAGGAUGUCUGAAAAGUCUAAGGAUAUUGUGCAAUUGGCAGCUGAUACUUGCGAAGAAGUAAACGAUCGAGUUGACUCUAACCCAACUAGAUUUGAUGAACCACAUGUGAAAGCCAGUGAAAGCGAUUUAAUCAGGAUGUCUGAAAAAUCUAAGGAUAUUGUGGCAGCUGACCCAUGCGAAGAAGUGAACGAUCGAGCUGACUCUAACACAACUAGAUUUGAUGAACCAAGUUUAUCCAAAGAUUCAGAAGUUUUGCUUACACAGAUUAAAGAUCUUACGAUUAUGACUCAAAAAUGUGCAGAAGACACAUGCAAUGAAGUAAAUGAUCUACGUCAAGGUGACUCUACCACAACUAGAACUGAUGAACCAAAUUCAUCCGAAGAUUCAGCGGCAAAUCGUAACAAGUUGGCGAUUGUUGUUAAAGAAAAAAGUCCAACAAUAUCGACCAAGAGAGGAUCAUUCACAUGUGAAAUUUGUCAUCAAUCAUUUUUACGCAGGGCAAAUCUGAAUGUACACAUCAAGUCUAAACACGGUUCUAGUGAACCAUUUCCUUGUAAAGAUUGUUCCAAAUCAUUUGCAAGAAAAAGUUACCUUAUCUCUCAUAUACAAGUAGUACAUAAUCCNAAAUAUACCUAUUUCUCGUAA